UAAGACAUUUCCUUCCUUGAAACAAUUCUAUUAUUUUUAACGCUUAGAUGAAAGGUUCGUAACGUUGAAAAAUGUCUAAAAGAUCGUACGAUGUAUCAUCUUCCAGGGUGGGAAGUUUUUCUGCAACAAGAAAGGACAACUCUUUUUCCUCUUUUUUGUGUACAUUGUUAGUGGUAUUAGUUAUUUGUGGAAUGCUAUUGUUACUUUCUUUUUCUCUCAAGAAAGGCGAUCAUGAAAAGGAAUACAAACGUGACAAGAAAGCGUAUGAAAGGCUAAUGCAUGGUAGAACAACACCUAAUAAAAAUGAGGAUACAACUACAGAAAAUGAUAUGAGUGAUAUAGAAAUUACAGACCAAAUUGUAAAAACUACCGAAAUUGGACCACACAAAGAAUCUACUUUGAAAAACACUUUAAUUAUAACCACAGACUUGCAAGGUCCGACUCCAGAAUCGAACGAAGAAUUGAGUACAGAAACGGAAUCGAUUGCAACGAUUGUACCGAAGACAGAAUUAAUAGCCUCUCAAAAAACAACGAUGACCACAGAAACAACAUUGCUUACAGAAAAAAUAUUGAACAUUGAAACAUCUUCGAAUGAGGAAGCUAAGUAUACUACAGAAGCAACAACCAACAUAGAAACAAAAUUAAUUACAGAUAUGUCUACUGUAGAAUCAACAUCAACUGAAAUUACAAAACCGAUAACGACUAUAUCUACUUCAGAUUCAACAUCUACAAAUAAUAUAGAACUAGAAACUGAUAAUUAUCAUUCAUCCUCAACAACAGAAGCAAUAUCGAGCAUGGAAACAAUGUUGACUACAGAAGCAACAUCGAACAUGAAAAAAACGUCUACUAAAGAAGCAACAUCCACUAUUGAAACAACGUUGACUACAGGAGCAACAUCGAACAUGGAAAAAACGUUUACUAAAGUAGCAACAUCCACUAUGGAAACAACGUUGACCACAAAAGCAACAUCGAACAUGGAAACAACCUUGACUACAGAAAAAAAUUUGAAUAAAGAAACAACUCCCAAUGAAGAAACAACAUUUCGUACAGAAGCAACAACCAUCAUAGAACAAAAAUCGACUGAAAUAACAAAACCGACGACAGAUGUAUCUACAGAAGAAUCCACCACUGUACUUACAUCUACAAGUAGUCAAGAAAUAGAAACUGAUAAUUAUUAUUCAUCAACAUCUCUGCCAUUGAAAAAUACAAGCACACAGAUAAUAUGUCAAUCCAGAAAGUGCAAUUUGGUUGCCACUCGUAUGGUCAGUUCUAUGAACAUAUCUAAAAUACCUUGCGAUGAUUUCUAUAAUUAUGCUUGUGGUGGUACUCUGGUUGAGGAAGAAGAAGAAGUCGAUAUUUUCAAUCCAGCAACUGUCAGCCGGACAAGGAAGUUUUUCAUGGAUUUCAAUAACUUUUAUCUCUCUUGUAAGAAAUAUGAAGAUAAAUUCUUGUACAAAGAUCGUAUAGCUGAUCUACUUAUCAUUCUGCAAAAAGAAGUUUAUGGGCAAGAUGAUGACACACAGAAAAUAAGCACAUUGUUGGCAAACUUGAUAUUACUCGAAGCCUUUCCUUACUUGGAUAUCGGUAUCGAUAUCAAUCCUAAAAAUAAAUCUUCCUUCAUUUUGGUGUUGAAGAAGCCAAAAUACAUAUCUCCAUUUUUCAACUAUUGGUCAACAUUUUCAGCAAACAAGAGAAAAUGUCUACGUCAAGGCCGUGAGAAAUUUCACGGAUAUGUCUCCGAAGGAAGCCAAAUAUAUAGUUUCUAUAUGAACUGUACAUCGGAUUAUACUGAUUGUUUAGCUUCUUUACAGUCCCUGCGAGAAGACAAGGAGUAUAUCUCAAAAAUGACUAAGACAAGAGAUGCAUUGUCAAUUCUACAUGAAUCAUUACAAGCCCCUGAUUCACAAGUGAAUGAUAAUAAUAUCAUAAAAUUGGGAGAUUUGCAAAAACAAUAUUCUAGCUUGAACUGGAAAGAUAUUUUAUCUCUAAUAACUGAUAGCACUAUAAAUUAUCAAACUGACAUUAGAAUUGAUGAAAUUGCUCAUUUUCAAUGGUUUAUGACCAAAAUAAAGGAUCUUUCGAAUAAAGGGGAGUUACUGAAUGUUCUUGAGUCAAUUGCCGAAUACAGUAUUUACGAAAAUAUAGUGCUUCAGUCUCAUGUUGAGUCAAGAACUGAAUUUUGUAAGAAACAAACAAAGCAUAUAAUGCCAAGUAUUGCGAAUUAUCUUUACAAAAUCGAGACAGAUACUCACCUCACUAAUAACAGUGUAUCGUAUAUUCGAGUGAUAUUUGAUCUUUUGAGAAAACAGUCACUAAAAUAUCUGGAAGGUAGCAAAUGGCUCAAUCCAGAAGAUUUAAAAAAAUUUGAAGGCAAAUUGAACGAGAUAAAAUUAUCGAUAUUUAGUGAUGAAGAUUAUGAUGAAGAAAUUGAUCUUUUGAACGAAAGACACAAUGGUAACUUGGGUCAAGAUGAUUAUCCCACCAAUUUGAUAUAUCUUAUGAAGUUGAAAAAUAAGAAUUUGUUCUCUUUAUUAGGAAAAAGGGUAACUGCAGCUAAAAUACACUUUUACCUGAUAGACACUUAUGAGAAUAAUCCUGUAUAUUUUCAUACUAAUAAAGUUGCAUACGUCCCAUAUGGUUUGGUCAAGAAGGCUUCGAAAGAAUUGCCAGAUUACUUGGUUCUGGGCCAGGUUGGGUUCCCUCUUGCAAAAAUAAUUGGAGAAGCGUUCAUACCAAGAAGGAUUUUAGCUGAAAUUCCCCAAAUUUCAAAGAACGCUAUAAUUGCUUUGAAACAGUUCAAACAAACAAUGAGGGAUGAUUUUUUGCUGGAAAAAUUCGAAUACGACAACCACUUCUUAACCUUCGAGGUCCAAAUAAUCGAUUCAUUUAUUGAUGAUAGAAUUGCAGAAAAUACAGCAAUAGGACUGGUUACAGAUCUGUUGGAAAAUAUAAGAAAUUACUCUUUGCCUUGGGUGUCCCAGUUUUCUCAACAAAAAUUAUUCUUCCUAGGAUUUACGCAAGAACUCUGCCAGAGGAGAGAUUUUAUGGAAAUCACAGUGGAAAGUUAUCAAAAUAAGGUUUUACCCCCACCACUCAGGACUUUCAGUAUACUAAUUGAUUCGAGUGAAUUUCCAAGAGUGUUCGAAUGUAAAUCAGAAAUAUUUAAUGAGAAAAAACGAAUCUUUCCGAAAACGCUUGAAGUCAAUCUACUUCCACUUUCUUGAAGUUAUAUCGAAUAUUCUUAAAUUAAUAAAAUACAUAACCGAGGUAUAAAUACAGGGUGUCCCGCAAAGAAUGCGACAAACGAAUACCAUGAAUUAAAGUCAUCAUGGAGGACCCAUAAGGAGAUG